GACAAUGCAAGCUUUUACCGUGUCGCAAAAGGUGGGACGAAUGCCUGAUACGAUAUUUCUGAUGGACGACGAGUUACACUCAUUGUAGAAAUGGAAAUGGCAGGAGCAAAGUCAAAUCGUCGUACUCUCUCCAAAGUCUCAACUUAUUUUUCAUAUUUUCUUUGUCAGUUUUCUUAAUAUUGGCAUACUGACGCGAUCAUGGCGGCUUAAAGAAUCACAGUCGGCGGAAAGUCCUUCGAGAGGAUUGUUUAUUCCAACUCUAAAUAGAAUUCGCCGAACUGUUUAAUAAAUAAGCCUAGGCUUCACGUCUUACGACAUCACUCGCAAGUCGCAGUCGAUCGGAGUGUGCAAUAGCCAAUAAACUGGGAGGAGCUGCCUAUCCGUCCGUCCAGCCAGGUUGUGUGCAUUGAAGUUUGAACUCAGCCACAUCUUUUUGGGGUGCUAAUUCGCUUUGCUGUCCUUGGCCCUUGGCUGUGUAGUGUAGACCCUUCAGAAAAGACGCAGGAUCUAAUUGGGUGUACCAUACAGUACAGGCUUAAAAUCUACUCCAUCAAGGAUCAAGGCACUAGGCCUAGUCAGCAAUAAUAAUUUGUCAUUGAGUCAUUUGUAAAUUAAAACAAUCCCAGAUCACAUCCACACAAUGUCAAAAGCUACCAAACGCAAACAUGUAACAAGAGAGGUUCUGGAAGAUUAUAUUUUGCCAGAGGAAAAUCAACAAAUUUUGAAGAUACUUGGAGGAAGAGGAAACAAUCUUCAUGAAGCUCAGACAUCUGAAGGAGAUAAAUUCCUGAUCAGUAUGCCAACCAGGUUUAGGAAAAAUGUCUGGAUAAAAAGGGGUGACUUUGUGCUUGCUGACCCUAUUCUAGAAGGUGAUAAAGUGAAGGCUGAGAUUGUUGCAAUUCUCUACCCUAAGCAGAUCAAAUAUAUCAAACAAGAACAACUAUGGCCUCAAGGUUUUGUCACAGGAGCCAGUGAGAUUAGGAAUCAAAACCCAGAAGGCACUGAAGUAGAGGCCUUGACCAACCAGCUCAAUGAUGCAUCCAUAGCUGACAGAGAUGUAGAGGAGAAUAACGGGAUCUCUGAUGGAGAAGAGGAUUAUAGUAGUGAAGACAAUGAUGAUGACUUGUUUGUCAAUACAAACAGACCCACAGUUACAUAUUAUUAUUCAGAUAGUUCAGAAGAAGACGAGGAAGAGGAGGAAGACGAUUGUGAGGGGGAGGUUCAAGAGGUAACAGAUGAAGAUCAUAGUGCGGACCGAUAGCCGUCUCUUUAGUUAACACAGAGCCCAUCAAGAAAGGGUGUUAUACUUUGAGGAAGUUACAUUGCAUUAGAGUCUCAUUGAGGACUAGGUCUUGUAUCAAUUCCAAGUUCAUGUGUGCACAUCUUUGCUUAUAAGUCAUAUUUAAAGAGAGAGUCCACCAAGAAAUGAAGGUAUUCAAGCAAAAUGAAAAAUUGCAUGUUCUGAAGAUGGCAAGAAUACUUAUUGAAAUGUUUAUUUGGGUGGUCCUUUCUGGACCAAACAUUCUUGUACUUUAACCCCACAAGAGUAUUUUGUCAACUGUAGGGUAAAACCUCCACAUUGAUUCAUAUUUUGUUAUGGAAACCUUCAGAAGUUGUUAAAAUAAGUUAUUAUUGAAUCACAAUAUCAAUGUGGGUUCAUGCCAUAUUUCCGGACCACAAAUAGGUUACAACAAUGUCAAUUCCACUGUUGUUUGACAUUAAUAUGAGGAAAUAUUGAAAUUCAUGUUAUAUAGGUAAAUUGCCUUUUCGUCUACUGCCAACUCGUCCACAUGGUCUAAUUUCAUUUAGUCUAAUGCCAUUUCGUCCAACAUUAUGUCUAACAACCAUUUGGUCCAAUCAUCACUUUGUCUAAUCCCCAUUUCGUCUAUGACCAUUCGUCUCAUAACCAGUUAGUCUAAUAUCCAUUUCAUUUUCAUUUAUUUUGCACAAUUUAACACUUAGUCCAGUUAGACCUAAUGGUAUAUGGACUAAAUAGCUAUUGGACCAACUGGUUACUAUACAGAAUGGCAUUAGACUAAAUGAAAGUAGACCAUGUGGUGAGUAGACAAACUGAUGGUAGACCAAAUGAUAGUAGACAAGCUGGCUAUUGGACGAAUUGGAAAUUAACCGUUAUAUAAUGAUAAAACAAAAUAAAAAGUUAGAGGAUGACAUCACUUCACUUUGCAUGCUAACAAGGAUGUGCAUUUAACGGUUUUGUGAAAUAAAAUAAAACUUAAGAUGUCAGAAAUAUCCUUAUUUCAUCUCCAAUUUUGAUGAAAUUUUCAGCAUUAUGCUUGUUUGUGUUUUCUUCAAAUCAAACUUUCGUUGGGAACUUGGGGUGGACUUCCACUUUAAAGCAAGCAUCCACUAGGGUCAGGACAACAUCAGUACAUGGCACAGAAUGCAAUAUAAGUAAUCUGCAUUCCUCCAUAAGCGUGUCCAGACCUUUUAAAUGAUGCUUUGCUGUUCCCAAAUGUUCCUUGGGGUGUUUCACAAAGAUUUAAGUAUGACUUAGGGUUGCACUUAAAUGCCUAGUUGCGUGCGUUAUAAUAGGCAUGACCGCAUUGUUCAGAUCAUGCCAAGAGGACGCGGACAACUACAUUAUAUGGCAUUUAUUUGUGACUCUUUAAGUCAUGCUUAAAUCUUUGUGACCCCCCCUUUGCAUUUUGGGUUGGCAAAAAAUUGUUAGCAACCAAAUUUGGUCUCAACUAAAAUUGGAUAUGGAAAAAUUACUUCUUGACACCUUGAGGAGCUUGUGUUGUCCUGGCGAUGUCUGUCCUCAAUGUUCUUGAACACUUCUGCAGAAUAUUUGCAAAAAUGUUAAAUAAGCAAGUACACUUUUUACACUGUCCUUAUGAUUCACAAAAUGACUUCAUUUUGUUUCAUGAUAUUGUCUAAUUACUAUCUUAAUUGUAGUGGCUCUAUAUGUUACAUGGCAAGAAUCUGGUUGGAAAAUGGAAGCUUCAUGCUUGUUUUCAGAAUGGAUAGCAUAUUGACUUGGGACUCAUUUCUUUCUCAUUAACUUUGCAAACAGCCCAAUACAUAUACAAAUAUAAAAUAUUUGAAUGAAAUUUUGAAUUAGUGCUGCAAAGACUUGUGCCACCUUCAUUUCAAGCAUGUUCUUGUACAUAUAGGUCAAUCAUUGAUUUAAAUGUUCAUAUGAACAAAACUACUAUAACGUCUUUGUUAAAAAAAAGUGCAAAGCGUGCACAACAUGUCUUCAAGAGAGUCUUCAAAUUAGAUGCUACCUAGCUCAUUUGUUUGUAAUCAAGUCUUGUCUCCAAGCUAUAUGAUCAACCAUUUACUGUAUGUACAAUGCCAAUAAAUCAUAUAAAAAAGUAUUUAGUCUUGAGAUUUCCAUUACUAUAAAAUUGUGUCAUUUCCCCUCAUUUCCAUAGCUCUAUUUUAUACUGUUUUUUUUUCUUUGACAAUGCAUCCCAGAAAAUUGAACCCGAGAAUCAUUGUUGAUUUAUCAUAACUUUAUUACAAAUAUAGUAGACAAAUUGAAUAUUGUAAAGCUUAAAAUCUCUUCUUGUACUCGGAUUAACCAUGGACCCUUCAUAGUUAACUCAGAAGAUUCCCCAUCCAUGCAUGAGAGAGUAAAGGCAAUUUGAAGAAGGGAUAUAAAAAAGUCAUUUUUUGAGAGUUAUCUGAUUAAGAUUUUGAUUAGAAUGUUAUAAUUUAUGAAGCGAAAAAAAUCUUACAACUAAACUUUUGGAUUGUGUGAUAUAAUAAUAAUAAUAUGCAACAUUUAUACAGCGCUUAAUACAAAUGUUUCUAAGUGUUGCAUACUAUUAUGUGAAUUCCAUUUUCAAGAUUCUUGUCGAUUUGAAUUCCAGGCAUAAACACAUACCAUACCACAUAAAUACAACAAAAUUAUUUGGAAGAUAU